UGAAGAAGGGUGAAGUGAAGUUUAAACAAAAUGGCAGUCAGUUGGCCGUUAAGUGGCAUGAUAAACGUGACGUUCAUAUGCUCACCACUGUUCAUUCAUCAGUGAUGUCAGCCACGGCAAGGAUUGAUCAUGCCACCGGGGAGAGGAAACUCAAGCCAGCUUGUGUUCUUGACUAUAACAAGAAGAUGGGGGCUGUGGACAAGGCGGACAUGGUGAACAGCUUUGUCAAAUGUGCCAGGAAGACUACCAAGUGGUAUAAGAAAGUCUUCUUUCACUUGGUAGACACUGCUGUUCUCAAUGGCCACAUCGUCCACCGUCAACAGUCUGGGAGAGUCAUCCCUUACCAGGAAUACAGACUGAACUUGAUGAAACAGCUGCUCGAGGUGCAUCAUACACCUCGACGCCCAUCCACCGGUGGCCGUCCCACAUCAGACAAUCCUCUGCGGUUGACUGCCAGGCACUUUCCCUCGGAGGUCCCUCAGACUGCUACCCAAGGAAGCAGGACCAGGAGGAAGUGCAAGGUGUGCACUUCAUGCCACAACAACUGAUCAAGCCAACAGAUCUCCCGUUCUACCUUGGCCGUUGAGCGGGAUUUAAAAGCCAACGGUUCAAGCAGCAGGUUUGUAUGUGACUUUCUGCCUUGGCGUUGAGCGGGAUUUAAAAGCCAACGGUACAAGUAGCAGAUUUUCAACACUCCCUGCAUUAUACAUAUAUACAUAUAUAAUGAUAUUCAACAAUUGUUUCUAUUGUACUGCCCUUUCUCUGUUUCAGAUAUGUAGUUCCGGUUAUAAAAAAAAACAACAAAAAAAAGAUUUGUUUCAGAUAUCCUGUUCCUGUUAUAACCCCCCCCCCCCCCCCCCACUACACACACACAAAUAUAUUUUCUGUUUCAGAUAUUCUUCGAGAUAUCCAGUUUGUGUAAAAAAAAUAAAUAAAAAAAAAAACUUAUUUUUUCCCCAGAUAUCCAGUUCAGUUCCUGUUAUAAAACCUUUUUUUCAGAUAUCCAGUUCCUGUUAUAAAAAAAACACAAAAAAAACCCAAAAAAACUAACCACCUCUUCUAGAACCAUCACCUUAUCGCGGUGAAGAGGUUUGUGUGUCCUAAUGAACCUGGGGGCUGUGUUGUCUUGAGCCUGGUGCUCCUGGUAGGGUCUCCCAAGACAAAGUGGUCUCAGGUGAGGGGCCAGACUAAGAAUGGUUCAAAAAAACUAAGGACGACAUAGUAAACCAACAGAGGAGUCAACCUGCUCGGAGCCCUAGUCUGGAGCCAAAACAAUAAACUCUCUUUUUUUUCAGAUAACCGUCAAGCUAUCCAGUUGUUUCAAUGUGUACUAAUUGUUCUUUCCAAAAAAUGAAACAAUUGGUUAUAUGUACAUAUAUCAGAUGGACUUCAAGCUAUACUUUCUCUUUUUAUACUACUAUGCACUAAUUAUUAUUUCUGUUUCAGAUAACACAUUUCGACCUUCGCCGUUGAGUGGGCAAACUAGAACCUAGAACUUAAAGAUUUUCCAGGAGCUUGCUUGAUCGCCUUUUUGCUAGGGGUCAGGGAAUAAUUUUCCAGUCUCGCCUUUAUUGGCUCAAAUUGGCUGACUGGUUUUUCGAUUCCCUCUGGAAAAGCAGUUUUUAAUUAUAUAAAAUAAAAACAAUUGUUUUAAAUACUGAACUACUGUGUCUUUUGUACAUGUAU